UGGCCGGGAAAAAAGCAAUCCAUGUGAAGCCCAUGGUGAAGAUAUUCGCUGUGGUUCUGCUGUAAUAAAUACAUCCAGAGAGGAGAGAAAGAGAGAAACAGCAGGAGAAAGAAAAACAAAGAGCGCUGAUUUGAGACUUUGCACAGAUUUUUGCACGGGAUUGUGGACUUUUGUAUUAUUUGAAGAUAACUUUCAAAUACUGGGAUCUUUCAGAUUGGACUCUCAGACUGGACAGUGAAAAGAAGGAGUCAAGUUUAUUAUUGUUUUUGAUAUCAGUGUUUUAUAUAUAUAUUUAAUUUUGAGACACCAGAGUCGCUCACCUGACUGACUCAGGUAAAGAACCCAAAACCUCCUUCAAUCUACGCGUCUUAUGUCCACAAAAAUGGAGACACCUUUUUACCAUGACGACUCUUUUCUGUUGGGUUACGGCCACACGGACGCCGCGCUGCACGACUACAAGCUCCAGAAGCAUCAGCAGCAUCAGCAGCAACAUCAACAGCAGCAGCAGCAGACCAUGAGCCUGAGCAGCCUGAGCGAACCCUACCGCAGCCUCAAGUCAGACUCGGUGUUCCACACGUCUCAGCCGGACGUCGGCUCGCUGAAGCUGGCGUCUCCAGAGCUGGAGAGACUGAUCAUCCAGAACAGUACCGGAGUGCUGACCAGCCCGACACCGCCGGGCCAGUAUCAGCUCUACGGCCACCGUUCCAUCACAGACGAGCAGGAGGGCUUCGCGGAGGGCUUCGUGAAAGCGCUCGACGAGCUUCACAAGAUGAACCAACCCCCGCCCAACGUGUCGAUCGGCGCGGGCGGGGUGACGACGUGCUCGGUGGCGGCUCCCUCCGCGUUCAGCUCCGCCCUGCAGCCAGAAGCUCCGGUUUACACCACGCUCAACCCGUUCUGCCCAAACCUCGUCUCAUCCACUACAGCCACCCCGAGCUACCCUUCUGCCACCAUCAGCUACCUGCCCUCGGCGCACGCUGACGCGCCCACGCACGCGUACCCGCUGUCCGGUGGCGUCCAUCCCGCGCAACAGCGCUUCGUGGCGCUCAAGGAGGAGCCGCAGACGGUGCCCGACAUGCACAGCAGCGACGGCUCGCCGCCCGUCUCGCCCAUCGACAUGGAGAGCCAGGAGCGCAUCAAGGCGGAGCGCAAGCGCCUGAGGAACCGGCUCGCCGCAACCAAGUGCCGCCGGCGCAAGCUGGAGCGCAUCGCGCGCCUCGAGGACCGCGUCAAGGUGCUCAAGACGGACAACGCGGGCCUGUCGACCACCGCCUCGCUCCUGCGCGAGCAAGUGGCGCAGCUCAAGCAGAAGGUCCUGCGGCACGUCAGCAGCGGCUGCCAACUCAUGCUGACCAGCAAGAUGGAGGCUUUCUGAACAAAAAGCGCGCGCGCACACACAAGACAUACAGACACCGCUCUAUAUUCACUAACACUCAAAACACUGGAAGAUGGACCUUCACUUUGAGACGCCACUCGAUGGACGGUUCUGAAUGAGGUUCUGCUGAGCUUCACGGUAGCUCCACGUCUGCGGUUGCCGGACACCGUUUACAAGCUCGCCGUGAAAGUGAAAGUCAGAGGCGACACACACACACAAACACCCUCGAAACACACGUUCUGGAGUCGAGCAGGUUCCAAGAGACUCGAGUGAAACAGGCCAGUAAAGCCUAUACUUCAUGCCAAUGACGUCAUCUUUUUUUCAUGAUAAAGGGAGAUUUGUAACGUUUAGUAGCUUAUGACGUCAUUUAUCUGAUACUGUCAUUUUUUAAAUGUGUAAAUUAUUUCGUUGUGUUUUUUUUUUUGUAAGUCAGGUUGAUCCCGACUUUACAAAUGUCAACAAUGUCUCAUGUUUACAAUGUCAUUUUUUUUAAUUAUUUGUUGUUUAUUUAAGUAAAAAAAAUAUUGAAAUAUA